CUUGGAGGGGCGGGGGGCAGGGGGCGGGAAGGACCAGGAGUAGUCUCUUUGGACCGGGGCCGGCGGCGCCAGAGCGGACUGGCGCUUGGGCGCGCUUGCAGGGCUGUCGCCUGCUGAGUGCGAAGCCAAGCUCGCUCACUCGCUAUCUCCGGGAAAGCUUCGGCCACCCUGUUACCCAACAUGAUGGUGGGUGAAGAGAAAUCUUCUGUAAGAAAUCGCUGGCUCACAUCCAAAGAAAAAGAUGAAGAAAAGACAAGUUCACAUAAAGAAGAAACUCGGCAGAUACCAGAAGAGACCCCACAGACACCAGGAAAUGGUCAAUUUGAUAGUGAACAAUGCCUGACAAGGAAGAUUCUGUUGACAGCAGAGGCAGAACAGUUGAAGCCAUUUUUUAUGAAGGAAGUAGGUAAUCAGUUUGAUGAAUUUGUGACUAAUCUUAUUGAUAAAUCAACCUCACUGGAUAUUUCUGGUUCUGCAACGUCGUUUGCCAUCCUCAAUGGAGGAAAGAAUAACCACAGAGCUAGGGAUUUGAGAAAUCGUCCAGAACAAGGAAAGCUUUUUGUUGUAAGAAGAUCUAUGUUGGAUGAGCUAUUGGAAGUAAACCACAUUCGAACAAUAUAUCAUAUGUUUAUUGCCCUUCUCAUCCUCUUCAUUCUCAGCACACUUGUAGUGGACUACAUUGAUGAAGGAAGACUGGUCCUAGAAUUCAGCCUCUUUACUUAUGCUUUUGGCAAAUUUCCUGUUGUAAUUUGCACUUGGUGGAUCAUGUUCCUGAGUACAUUGAUCAUUCCUUAUUUACUUUUUGAACACUGGGCCAAAGGAUAUGCAACGAGUUCCCGUCCAAUUCUCCAUUCUUGUUUCUAUGGGAUGCUUUUCAUGCUUUUCCAGAUUGUAGGUUUGGGAUGUGGAUCAACUUAUAUUGUAUUGACCUAUAUGUUGCCACCAGCUUCCCGAUUCAUAGUUAUACUUGAACAGGUUCGUUUCAUUAUGAAAGCUCAUUCAUUUAUUCGGGAGAAUGUUCCUCGGGUAUUAGAUGCUACUAAAGAAAAAUCACGCACUAUUCCGAUACCCCAAGUCAACCAGUAUUUGUACUUUUUGUUUGCUCCUACUCUCAUCUAUAGAGACAGCUAUCCCAGGAAUCCCACUAUCAGAUGGAGUUAUGUAGCAACUCAGUUUGCACAGGUUUUUGGUUGCAUGUUUUAUGCAUAUUAUAUCUUUGAAAGACUUUGUGCUCCUUUAUUUCGAAAUAUCAAACAAGAACCCUUCAGUGUUCGGGUUUUGGUCCUGUGCAUCUUUAACUCCAUUUUACCAGGUGUGCUGAUGCUGUUUCUUUCCUUUUUUGCUGUAUUGCAUUGUUGGCUUAAUGCCUUUGCGGAGAUGUUACGUUUUGGGGACAGGAUGUUCUAUAAGGACUGGUGGAACUCGACAUCAUAUGCCAACUAUUAUAGAACCUGGAAUGUGGUGGUCCAUGACUGGCUUUAUUACUACGCUUACAAAGACUUCCUCUGGUUUUUCAGCAGGAGGUUCAAAACAGUCGCCAUGAUAUCUGUCUUUGCAGUGUCUGCUGUAGUGCAUGAAUAUGCCUUGGCCCUGUGCUUGAGCUUUUUCUACCCAGUCCUCUUCGUACUCUUCAUGUUUUUUGGAAUGAUUUUCAAUUUCGUUGCCAAUGACAGUCGGAAAAGGCCUAUUUGGAAUGUCUUGAUGUGGACAUCUCUCUUCUUGGGAAAUGGAAUCUUACUGUGCUUAUACUCUCAUGAGUGGUAUGCACGUCAGCAGUGUCCUUUGAAAAAUCCAACAUUUCUAGAUUAUGUAAGACCACGCUCCUGGACAUGUCAUUAUGUGUUUUAAAAACUUGGACUUUGGUUUUCUCUCCUGAUUGAAUGUGUGCCACCUGAUUUUGGAAAAGUAGCUACUUUAAAAAAAAGAGAGAGAGAGAGAUAUGCUGCGUCAAGAAAAAUCAGAUUGCUACAAGUGACCCCAUCCAUUUAUAGUGACCAGUUUCUAUGGUCAGGAAGCCAGUUCUAUGCCAGUCUUCUGAAGCCAAGACAGUGAGUCAAGUCCAUUGGAAAUCCUGUUAAGGAGGAAGUUUUUUUCUCUUUCAGAGUAAUCUCUAAGGUACAGACAGAUUUUUGGCUGAGCCAGCCUACCCAAAGCUGAGCAGGCACAUCCAUCCAUUAUUUAUCUUUCUGUACUCAUUUAUUAAACAUUGUAUGUGUUUUCUUAGUUAAUGAAAUAGCCAAAACACAUUUAAAGAAUUAAUGCUUUGAAUAUCUAUUGUUUGCAACUUAUGUCUAUGCACACUGUUAACGUGUAUUGAUUAAAAAUGUUUUUGAAAAAGUGAAUAUCUGUUAAUAUGGAAUAAUAUAUUUAUAGGACAAAUGUCAUUGAUUUUUACAAAAAUAAUUCUUGUACUUUUUUGUAUUGUUUUUAUUCCAAUAUAUAUGUAAGAAUCCACUCAGUUGAGUCAAAAAAUAUUCUGAACUAAAGUUAUCAUUUCAUGUUAUUUCUGUGUUCUCUAACAUAGGCCAUGUGAUUUAUGUGAAAUGGAAGUAAUCCUUUCUAUUAGAAAUCCUACAUAGGUUCUUCUAUUCCUGAUCAGGCCAAGAGAUGAUGGAAGGUUGUUGUUUUUCUUAUAACCUCGUAAGCUGUUUCUUUUUGGGGGGACAAACAAAUAUUGUUAUUUAUUAUGGAGCUCAUUACAUAAUAGUAAGGGCCUAAAUUUUUCAGAGAGCAAUUUACCAUCUAUUUUUGAAAAUUCAGGUUGGUUUGACUUUAAUUAGAAUUAUCCUCUGAUAUAACCAUUGUUCUCAAAGGAAAAUGAAUCAUUUUAAAAUAUGAUGCAGACUAAAUUCUGUAAAUGUAUAAUUAACUUGGUUAGUUUCCUCAGUAAUAAGGUAGGAGAUUAACCUAGAAGUUGGCUCCUCCAUAAUUCAGUGAUGACUCUUUAUCAGUGGUGGUGUGCUUUUACGAACAUUUGAAACUGUGAUUGUUUUCAAGUAAAUGUGUCUAUUCUCUUUUAUUCUGUAAAGUAUAUUUUGUUUCUUCCAUAAUGUUUUAAUACUCUACUAGAGAGAAAGUAUAGAUUUUACUAUUUGAUGAAAUGUGAAAGAUUAGAAUUUAGUCAUCAAGUUCUACCUGACUCAGGUUUAUAGAUUAUAGACAUGUGAAGAAUUUGGAAAUUCUCUUAGCCAAACUGAAGGAAACUUCUAAAGGAAUCUCUUAAGGUCAUAUAGCUUAAAACUCAGAUCUUUUUGAUAACAAGUUCACUGUGUAGCACUGCCUCCAUGACCCAAGGAUUAACACUGUAUUUUCAACAAAGCUGAGGACAAUGAAUGAUUUUUUGCCAUCAUGACCUUAACCAAACUAAUGUACUUAUAGUGGUGAUAUGGUCAUUGCUCUAAAGAUAUUUUGAAUUCCUCUUUUGGAAAGUGCCUUUGGAGCUACUUUUCAAGUCUCAUAGGAAAUCAGUCUCAUUACUUUGUGUCUAAUUUUUACUCCAAAACACAUUACUCAACUUGAUCGCCUACUCUUAUCAUUGCUACUUUUGAAAAUAUUCAAAGGACUUUGUCCUGCAGGCUUGUAAGGUAAUUACUGAAGGGAAAAAGCAUUUGGUAUUUGUUUCUAUCAUACCUUCAAUCAGAGCUUUAAAGGUGGUAUUUUACCCCAUCAUACAGAGUGGAAUAUUUCCCUUUUUAUUAGAAUUUUUGACAAGAAUUUUCCUUUUAUUAACUAAUUGACCUAGAGCUCAGCUGAAAGUAUAUGCAUUUCUAUUUAUUAGUUUACUUUUUUCUUCCCUCUAAUUUUGAGAUAUUAAAUUGUCUUAAUAUGAGAAUUUGAAUUGAUAUGAGACUACAGGGAAUAAUAGUUUUGGCUCAGUCUUUUGAUUUCUGUCUUCUAGAAAGCACCUCAAAGGAUCAUCAGAAUCUUGUCUCUCUUGGUUGAGUUAUAGUUGCUUGAUCAUAUGAAAAAGUUGAGAGGUCAGGAGAAUAGGGGUCUAAUUCUAAUCUCAUAGAGAUGCAAAGACUAGAUUAUAUAGAUGUUGCUGAAUUGCAGGAUCCUUUUUUUUUAUAUCACUUUCAUUUCGUUGUAACUUUAAAAUAAUACUUAUUUGUAGGAUUGAAAUAUUUGAAGCCCUUUCAGACUACUCGCAGAAUCCUGUAGUUGAAAAGGUUUUCUUCCUUUGUUCCUAUGUAUUUGGCAUUAGUUAACAAAAGCUUUUAUUUCGGUACGGUUUCAAUCAGAAUCACAAAAUCAUUUAAAUUUUUCCUUGAGAGUAAAUAUGAAGCCAAUUUUCUACUGUCAUAUAAUUUCAUGACUUGAAUUUGCUAGUGAUACAGCUGCUGAGAACUUUCUGGCAGGAAAAUGAAUAAACUAAGAAAACAUUGAGAAAUCCAUUUAAUUUCACAUGUUUAUUCUAUAACUAAGGCCUUUGUUUAAUGGGAGAUUUAGAAUUGACCUCUGGAAAGUAUCGAAAGCAAGUUAAAUGGACAUUGAGACAUAAAAUUUAGGUCCUCGUUAGAUUUUUUUUAAAAUGCUUUUUCUAAUAUGUUGAAAAAAAAUGGCUAUUUUUGGAAAAUUUCAGAACAAUAAAUUGUAUUGGUUGUGUGCUUUUCAAAAUCAAAUAAUUUUCCUUGCAACAGAAUUUAUUCUAGUAAUUAUUUUCAGCAGUAUUGUUUAGAUAGCACUGCUUUCUCUCCAGAAAUUACUUGAAACAUAUUCUUAGCAUUAGUAAGUAGAUAGUAGGCAAAUCUAAGUUGAAAAACAGUUGCUGGUCUGGAAGCUCUCUAUUACUCAGUGAAAUCUCUUCGAGACCCAAAAUAAGACUUUAAACCAAUCAAUAAAGUAUUUAUUGAGUACUUACUCUGUGAUGGGCACUGUGUUGACCUAAUGAGAGACAAAGACCAAAUAAGAAACAGUUCCUGCUCUCUAGGAGCUUACUGUUUGUUAUCUAGUGGUUUUUAGGGUAUUUGGAAACUAAAGCGCAUAUUUGAAUGCCAUGGUAAUUAAAGCAACUCAGAUUUCCCUGUUGUAUUGUUGCUAACAGUUUACACUGUUGACAAAAUUAUAUUUCAUAACCAGUUUCCUCUUCUGUAACAUGCUUCCUAUAUUCUUAAAUGAGUGAUAUUCAAAUACGAUUUUAAUAUUUUUGAAUAUUUGGGACAAAGCAGUAUUGUCUUUCUCUGUUAUUUCACACUUCCUACAGUAUGAUAGGAGAGUUAGCAGUAUAGCCACUAAGUUGUGGUAUCUAGAAUAUAAAUUAUGAGCUAUUGAAACAUUUGUGGGGCAGAUUGAAUGCUGUGAGCGCAGUUGGUUCUGGCAAGUUUUUGGAUGAGUCUGAGAUCACCAAAACGUUUAUCACAGGAAUAUUAGGCAGCAGGAUUAUGCUUGGUAUCUGGCAUUAACUUGGGGCAUCAUUUUCAGUGUAUGUUUUCAUUAGUUAUCUUGUCUCAACUUUGUGAAUUGGACAAAGAAGCAGCAUUUUUGGUGGGAAUAGAAAGUUAAUUUCGGAAACAGUAAGGCCUAAAAGUAGCCUGUUUUUCAUGGUGUUUGUACCUUUGUUCUUUUCCUAGUUUCCAAGUUAAGCUGUGGUUCAUUCACAUGAUUCAGAAUCAGCUGCACAAGCCAGAAGGAGAGCCUGUACUUCCUUUUUUUCAGAAGCACCUCUCAUUACUGGGUUUUCCUUUUUUUCAUUGAGUGAAUAUUUGCUUUUGUGCUUUUAGUAGAACUUAAGGGUCGGUUUCAGUGUUUUUCCACUACCACUUGAGCUGCCCUUCAGACUCAGUGAAGCAGCUGUUGUGCAUCAAUCUUAAGUGGUAGGGAUGUAUUUUCAUUGUUAUUCUGUCUUGUUUUAAAUACAUUUGUAACAUGGGAACAUUGUCACUCACCAAUGCUGAUAAUUUAGCAGUAGGUACAGUAUGGAAUUGAAAUUCAGCAGUUGUGCCAAGGAACAAGCUGUUGUCCCCCAGUGAGGAUCUUGCUCUUCUUGUCUGGGCCUUUCACUCAUUGCACAUUAUCCAUGAUAUUUUCCAAUGGAGACUGAUGGUAUACUUCGGAGCUGGUUAUUUUUACAUAUUAUUGGAGUUCUGAUCUUUUUUCAUCUGAUUUUUUUUUUUUUUUUGAGUGCCUGUUUUUUUCCCCUGAAUUUUUCUUUUGUCUGUUCACUGGUACUAUAAUUUGUUUAGUAUUUACUGUAUUAGAAUUGACUUUGUAAACAGACAAGAUGCCUUUUUUAAACUUUGAAAUAUGAAGAAUGUAAAAAUACUCACAAGAAGAAUACAAUAAAUAUAUUUGGAAAAAUAA